AUGGUUCAAGCAACGGGCGAAGAGCGCGCUGUUCACCUGGCACGGGAGGCUGUCGAGUUAUUCGACGCUGGCCAUCGAGAGGCCGCGUCGCGUAAUCUCCGAGAAGCUCUCUUCAUAGCGGACGAGAAUCCCGAUGUGAAAGCUGCCUUUCUUAAAAUCCAGCAGGAAGAAGAAAGUGGCCACCCGCUCCUCGACCUCUGCCACCGUUACACCACCCGCAAGGAUGAGACCGCCGGGAAGGAAGCCGCUGGAUACCUUCGGACAGAUGGCUUGAAACCUCCAGAGAAUGUCGCGCUGGAAGCGCUGAAAUUGCUGUUGGGCCAGCGAGCACAUGCCCUUUCAGAGAUUCAAGAUGAUAUCAUUUCGGGGCUCGUGCGCCACAAUGCCAGCGUGCGCCAGUACUUCUCGACUCAGCUGCAGGUCUCCGUGACGGCGUUCUUUGAUGAGAUCUACGACCGAGGUGACGGAGCGGCGGUAUGUUUGGACACCGUGGUGCUCGACCCAAAUGUGUGGCCGUCGGAGGACGCGCGGUCGCACUGCGAGAGCGAGCUGUUCCUGCUCUUCCUUGCCAAGUUGAUGGAAUCAGGCCAUGAUUUGGACGGUCGCGCUCUAAAAGGAAUUACUCGAUUGCUCGCCGUGGAUGCUGGCCGACUCCAACACUUGAUUGACGACGAAGGAUUUGAAGUCAUUUUGACGUCUCUGGACAAUCGGCUCCCGCUCGAGCUGCGCAGCCAAGCUACUCUGGCAACUGCGAAGUAUCUGGAGGUCGCGAAGGAAGAUGGCGAGAAGCAAUUUUCGGCUUUGAUUGCCGCGAUGGUCGCCAAGGGCCGCUUGGACGAUCUGAUAAUUGCUUUCUCUGCGGUGGCCGCCGUCUUCCCGGUAGCCCCGGCUGCAGCCGCCAGCAUCUUCUUGUCCGGCGAAUUUAUGGAGUCAUUGACCCCGCUGGCAACGCGAGACGCGACGCGGAAGAAGGUGGAAGUUUCGAUUUUGGAGCUGCUGAAUGCAGCAUGCAUUAAUCGGCCUUGUCGGGAAGCGAUCAUCGAAAACUUCUCCGAAUGGCUUUCGCACACCCUGACUAAUGGCAGCGAUGAAGGAUCAGAGCUGGCGGCGGUGGUUUUGGCGAAGAUCCGAACCUCUGAAUCCACCCCGCCCUCUGCUAAGAACGGUGAGGCCCAGGAGGAAGACACCGGGGUCGCUGACUUGGUGCAACGGUUUAAGGGACUAAUGUCUGAACCCAAGGUUGCAAAUAUCUCGCACGCGAUUGAGGGUCUGGCCUAUUCAUCGGUGAAGCCCUCCGUCAAGGAACAACUCGCCAAGGACCCUACGUUUAUGCGCGACUUGAUCACUGUUCUAAAACAGCACACAAACGAUUCGUCUGUGCUUUAUGGUGGCUUGAUGGUUUAUCUGAACCUUACCAAAUUCCUUCCCAAUCUUUCCGACGAACAGAAGAAGAUGUCCCAGUUGAAGGACUACGCGGAUGCUUCUACCGGUAAGGGCCGGGAUUCUGUUGACCCCCGGGAUGAAGAUGAAGCUGUCCUUGACCGCUGUGGCAUCAUCAUCGACGCGGGAAUCAUGGCUCUCCUAGUCGAAUGUGGCCGAGUUGCUUUGCCUUCCACCAAUGAUCUCUCAGCCAAAAUAUUAUUGGCUCUGGCACGGCGGCAGAAGUCACGAGGGACUCUGGCCCAGCAAGGUGCUAUCAAGCUGCUGCUCGGCUUGUCCAUCCCCAAGCAGGGGGAUUCUAUCGUCCACACAGAGACGACACAGAAUGCCUCUCAUGCGCUGGCUCGGGUCCUCAUCUCUGUCGACCCUUCACAUGUCUUCCCGUCCACUGGGUUCCCUCAGGCGACUUCUCCCGUACGCCCUUUGCUCUCUCUUCUCCGCGCUCCUGAGGGUGCUGCCAUCUCCGUGGACCAAUCCCACGACCUUCUUCCCGUGUUUGAAAGCUUGCUUGCGCUGACCAACCUUGCUUCCUAUCCACGUGACGACUCACCGGCCGAACUCAUUGUGCGAGAAGGCUGGUCCGCCAUUGAAGAACUCCUCCUGUCCAGUAACUCUCGCGUGCAGCGGGCUGCCUGCGAACUGGUCUGUAAUCUGAUGACUUGCGAAUCCGGCAUCAUCAAAUUUGCCGAUGCCACCAAGCGGGCCUCGCAGCGACUCCAUAUAAUGCUGGCGCUUACCGAUGCGGACGACUUCGCCACCCGGCGAGCAGCCGGCGGCGCGAUUGCCAUGCUGACUGAGUACGAUGCGGCUGUCGCGGCAGUGCUGGAACGGCCGCGCGGGGUGGAGUUGUUGCUGGGUCUGUGCCAGGAGGACGACGACGCCCUCGUUCACCGCGGAGUUGUCUGUGUGCACAACCUGACCACGGCGUCCGGGGACAUCGGCGCCCGUGCCAGGGCAGCCGUGCAAGCUGCCGGGGGCAUCGACGUCCUGACCACGUGCCUCAAGAAAACAUCUAACCCAGCGGUGUUACAAGCCGGCGUGGAGGCCUUGAAACCGCUUGUACCAUAA